AUGACGCGCUGUGAUGAUGAUGAUGAUGAUGAACUGUCAUCAGGUGUGAAGCUGGAGGCUGUUUGUCUCCCAACACAGAGCGGUGGACGCUGUAUAGUUCCGUCCACUUUGCAACGGUGGAGAUUGAGCUCAGCAGUGAUUCUGAACAUCUCAGUGCUGCUCAUGUCCAUGUUGGUGGUGAUGUACCAAUCAAAAACAAGUCAUGUGUACAGGAUCCUCAGUAGCAUACCAUGCAGGGAACCCCUUAAGGACCUGUGGGGCCACUUCAGGAAUUCUGGAGUGAGUGACUGGUCCAAUGAGACUUGGUUGAUGGAGCGUCCAUGGCCAGAGGCAGAGAGGUGGCUGCUGGUGGCUGUGUUGGGAAUAGAGAUGGUCAUGGGAGUUGUGGGAAACUGCCUCGUUCUUCUGGUCAAAAUCAUGUGCAGACAUCAGUUCAGCUGUCGUUAUUGGCUUCCUUUCAUCAGUCUGACCUUGUCAGAUUUAGGCUGCUCCAUCCUCAUUGUCUCCAGUUCCCUGUUGGCCAUGCUGACUGGAGGUCAAAGUUCACCAUGGUGUGAGGUUGUAAGCCUGUUGAAGUUUGCCUUCAUCACCUCCUCCAUAGGGAGCAUAGCCAUCCUUUGUGUACAGCGGCUGAUUGGUGUGGCCUCCUCGAGAAGUUGUCCCUUUGUUGUCAUGAUGACAGCAUGCUUGACUUCCUGGGUGACAGGGGUGGUGUUUGGGAGUGUCCCUGUUGUCUACGACUGGAUUCGGUACGAUCCUGCAGAGAUGCUGUGUGCUGUGUUCUGGGAGAGCACCUACUCAGACAUGUUGGUCUACAUUCUCUGUGCUUUUUCCAUCUGUAUCUUUCUCCCCUUUCUCUUCAUCGUCUUCUGCUCUCUGCUGAGUGCUGCCAGCUGCUGCAGGAGUGGAAACAGUGACGAUGAAGAUCUGUCUGCAGUCACUCCUCUGCUGGUGUCCUCCUACAUCCUCUGCUACACCCCCUUUGCUGUGUCUGAGCUGAUCCUUCUGGGGAGGAUGGACCUGUCCCCAGCACCUGACUGGCUAAGAACAUUUUCAUCAGUGAUGUCAUACUUGGACUGUGGUCUGAACCCUCUUAUCUACUGCUCCAAUCAGGACUUCCGGGAGGCAGGCCUGGCUCUGCUGUGGACCAACAGAAAAAAACCAUCAGAGCCUGUGCUCACUGCUAUCACUAAACACCACCUGUAA